UCCUUAAAGAAAAUUACCAGCUAUUCGGUACAUGUGAUCUACCUGUACCUAUUCCGGAAGAAUAUUAUAUUUAUCUAAUUCAUUUGAUUUAUAAUCAUUUUGUCCUUAUUAUCACUUGUAUAUUUUUUUUUCAUUUCCUUUAUAAAACCUCAACCCUGGAUCCUGCUACCGGAUUGUUAGUUAUGAACAAUGUGAGUAGUAGUGCUACACCAGAUUAUGAUUACCUUAUCAAGUUUUUGGCACUUGGAGAUUCUGGUGUUGGUAAAACUAGCAUAUUAUGUCAUUUUACUAAUGGAGUCUUCAAUAAAAAAUUCAUCUCAACAGUUGGAGUUGAUUUUAGUGAAAAGAGAGUUGUAUAUAGAUCUCAGUAUUCUGAAGGCAUCACAGGACGAAGUCAACGAGUGCACUUACAAUUAUGGGAUACUGCAGGACAGGAAAGAUUUCGAAGUUUGACAACUGCUUUCUUUCGAGAUGCUAUGGGCUUUAUUGUUGUUUUUGACCUUACAAGUGAACAAUCAUUUCUCAAUGUCCGUAACUGGCUGGAACAGUUGAAAACUCAUGCUUAUUGUGACAAUCCAGAUAUUGUUCUCUGUGGAAAUAAGGCAGACUUAGAAGAUUCGAGAUUUAUGAAAGAAGAACAGUUAAGAGAAGAAGCUGAAAAAUUUGGAUUACCUUAUUUUGAAACAAGUGCUGUGACUGGUCAAAAUGUCAAUAAAGUUUUUGACACUCUUUUGGAUAUGGUUAUGUUGCGCAUACAGAAGACUGUAGAUAGUACUACCUUGCCAGGUCGAAGACGAGGUGCUCCUGGAAUGCAGGUGGAGGACAAAGGGGCUCCUACCCAGCAAAGAAAUUGUGCAUGUUGACCAAUAUAAUCAUUCUGUGUGGUAUUUGUAUCAAAUAUUUUCUCAAGAAAAUAAUUGUAUCUUCUAGAAUUCAUGUUUGACUACAGAUGUGUGUGUUUGAUAAAAAAAUAUUAAUAAUUCUUGAAUACUUGUACAAUCAUUUUAGUGAAAUUUUUAGUUAAUGGACAAAGUUGUUCACUAAUAUUUCAAAAAUAAAUGAAAAAUAUAAAAUUAAAUCUAUCUUUUGUAUUGAAAUUUAUGUAUUAUAUUUUCUGAUGAAUGUUAUUUAUCCAUGCUUUAAUUAAAAUAUAUAUAUAUAUAGCUUUGAUAUAAUUUUUAAAGAAUAAAAGCAAAAUUAUUCUCUUAACAAUAGUUGAGAAAUUAAAUAUGAUUAUAUGAGUAGAGGAAUAGAUUUCAGAUUUGAACCAAGUUUGAUUUUGUAAUAACUUUAACAAAUGAUUUUAUUCAUAAAUUUGGUUAUUACAUAAAACUAAAUUAAGAAAUUUAUAUUUACAUAAGCUCCAUAAUUAUUAAACCAUGCUCAAUAAAAUGUAGUUUAAAAAGAGCUCAAUAUUAUGCAUUUAAUAUGAUGAAAGGUUAAAUUUUUUUCUCUGUGAUUUUUU